AUGUUUAGCAGUAGUAGUAGCAGAGGUGGUGGUGGUGGUGGCGGUGGCAUUGGCGGAGGUGGCGGUGGCGGAGGCGGCGGGUGUGGUUGUGGGAGUAACGGCAACGGCGGUGGUUCUGGGGUUUGGAGUUCGGGGAUUAAGAAACAGCAGAAACGGCCAAAAGUUCCAAAAAGAGGACCUGGUGUGGCUGAACUGGAAAAGAUCUUGAGAGAGCAAGAAAAGUCAGACAGAGGUAUUAAUAUUAAUAAUAUUAGUAGUAACAGUACUAAUAAUGCAGAAGGAUUUCCAGUUUCACCUUCUUGUUUCAAUCUUCAUCACCAUUCAUCUCCACCAUUGAAGCCCCACUGCCCUCCUCCACCACCACCACCUGUUCCGGUGACGGCGGCGACAUCUUGUCCUCCUCCUCCUCCUCCUCCUCCUCACAUCCCCAUAGCCCCAAGAUUUGACCACUUAAGCCAACCUCCACCUCCUCCCAUGGCUGCUCUCUAUGGCUAUAACACAGCUACACAAGGAAGGAAUUUUCCAGAACAGUCUCUAUUUCCUAUGAAUCCCAGUUCUUGUGAUGGAUUAUCCCAUCCUGAUCAUCAUCAUCACUCUGCAAAUCCAUCUUCCAAGAAUUUUUGCAGUGAAUCAAGUAACAAUCAUCUUUGGCCUUACUCAGCCUUGCCUCAAAAGAGACACUGUAAUAAUCGGUACCAUACUUCCAUGAUGAGACAGGUUUUAGGCCCUACUGCACCACCACCUUCUUCGAGCUUAUUACCAGCAGGCCUGCAUAAUCAUGAGCCCCCUUCAAACCAAAGUUCUUACUUCAAUUGCACAUCUAGGAACGUUAACCCAGAGGAACCUAAGAUGGUUGGUCUGAAGAGGCCUCACCCUUCUUCAUCAUUUGAAAACUCUCUGGUUCCUUCAUCCACCUUCCAAGUUUCACCAAUUUUCUCAAACUUUACCAGACCACACAAGUCAUCUAAUUCAAAUGACACUCACAUUACUUCAAGCAACUUCAAUUCCUCUAACAAUGAGUGCUUCAGGGAUGUCAAAUGGGGUGGUCCUUUGGGAUAUAGCAGCAGAAAGUUUGGUUCUGAUAGUAAUGGAGGAUUAGGUCAUCAUUCAAACUUUUCUUCAUUCAAUGGCACUGCUGCUGCUAGUCCACCGGUUCCUUCACCUUCCAUGCUUAUGUUUCAAAGAGAAUCAUGCAAGAACAAUAAUGCUCUCCCCAAUUACCAAGUUCUUGAAGAGAGAAUGGAGGACUCUUAUCAAAGGUCAGAAUCAUCAAGUGGAUCAGACCAGCGACCUUUCUAUAACUUUUUAGAAGUGAAAGAAGUAGGCAUGAAAGAAAAUACACUUGGAUCAAACCAUAAGGGAUCUGAAGUAGGAAUUGAUGGCCCUGAUCUUACCUUAAAGCUUUGGUAACAGCUGCGGCGGCCGGAGGCGAUGACAAUGAUGAAUGUGUAUUCACAUUUCUCAAAUCUCUGGUUUAGAUGAGGAUGAUAAAUUGGUUUCUCAGACUCAAAAACAAUGUUAUGUUUUUAUGUAU